CGGCGCGCCAGAGGGCAGCGCGAGCGCGCGGACUCAGAUCAGCAGCGUUUUCAUCUGCUCCGCCAACACCUGGUGGACCUGCGGAGAGCCGACACUCCGGGACCCGACACACCUGGUGCAGCCGCUCCGGGACCCGAACCAGCCGCGCACAAACAGCUCCCUGGUUAAUCACUUGAGGAAUGCGGUGCCAUUAGGACGCAGCCGAGUUGCUGAAAGUUUACUUCAACUUUAAGUUCACCAACCACAGAGGAGGACAGACAGAAAGAAAGAAAAGAAAGGGGGAGAAUGGCCACUGGAGGAUUUAAGCCAAACGCCACAACAGACUUUUUGGAGGAGUGGAAGGCGAAACGUGAGAAAAUGCGUGCCAAAAUGCUGGGGGACAUCGCGGCGGCCACCGGUGCGCCCCUGAGCGGCGGCUCCGGCUCCAACAACGGCGGCCCGGCCGGGCACUGCCAGCUGACUCGGUCCUCCUCCGGGAGCUCUCUCCGGAGACCGGAGGAGGAAGCAGCAGCACAGCACCACCCCGGCCCCGCCGCACCCACCAACGCCCCGGGGAGCAACCUGAAGAAGACCACGCCUCAGCAGCCGGAGAAGAGCCGGUGCGCGUCCCCGGACUCCAGUCCGAUGGCUUGCAAUGACAGCGACAAGGAGAGUCCGUCACCCGGCAAGGGCAAGGACAAGAAGAGCACCGGCCCCAGCGCCAGGAAAGGGAAGGGACAGAUUGAGAAGAGAAAGCUAAGGGAAAAGAGGAGAUCAACAGGUGUUGUCAGCAUACCGUCCAAUGAGAGCCUGGAUGAGCUGGAUGAUGACGACACAGGGGAGAAGAACAGGAAAGACGAGGAAGAGCUGGUUCAGGCCAACACUUUCCAGAAUGAGUCCAUGACAGCCGACCCUGUCACCGGCCACCUACUGGAGACCCCCAGAUCUGGAAGUAGUCGCCACAAAAGCUCUGCCGGACCGGGUGCCGAGGACGAGGUCGGCGGGAACAGCAGGCAGCGGCACAGCCGUCAUGGCAGAGAUGGGGAAGCUGGAGUACCUGGAAGUCUGGAGAAAAGGUUGGAGGAGCUGGAGAAGGAGCUCUACAUGGAGCGUCAGGAGACCGCCAGGUUGCUGAAGGCCCACCAGGACAAAGAUGAUCUCAUCGGGAAGCUGAAGGAGGAAAUCGACUUGUUGAACAGAGACCUGGACGACAUCGAGGACGAGAACGAGCAGCUCAAACAGGAGAACAAGACUCUGCUGAAAGUAGUGGGCCAGUUGACGAGGUAGAAACGUUCUGCGGGACCCAGACGAGACACAGCACCCCUCCCAGUCCUGUGUGGGGUCCAGUCCAGCAGCGUGGCCUCUUAUGUGUUUGUAUGCCUUUGUCGGAGGUGAGACUCUAAAGCGGUCAUCCGUAGAGGCUCACGGCCUUAAUAAAAAAAAUAAAAUAAAAAAAAUACUUUUCCAUUUGUUGUGAGAGCUCAGCUGAGUGUCGGGGAUCGUAUGUCAUCUUAUAUAUAUUUAAUGUAAAUGUACUGUAUAUAGGCCAUUUAGGUUGUUAAUUUGUUUGAUCUCUGAUAAAGUCUUUACAAAAAAAGAACAUACAUUGAAUGUAAGUGCUGCAAAAAAAACGAGCACGCAAAAACUUGUUUGGAGGCUAAAAUAUAUUCACUUUCACUCUGUGCACACAACAGUAACAGCAAAUAGAGCAGGAAAGAUCUCCGGUGUUGCAAUGUUUGAAUUGUCUACUGUCCAGGAGCACUUGCACCAAGUUGAACACUUUAACUGCGACAGUACCAGCAGCCAAAGUGAGCGUAGUGCCUUGCAAUGCACGUGAGACUUUUUUUGUACUUUUUUCUUUCUUCUUUCUUGAAAUGGUUAAAGCCUGGCGCUUUAUUAAUGAACACUUAAUCAAGAUCUCUUACUUCUAUUAACUUCUUGAUACAUUUCAAUCCAACAGGAACAUGUGGAAAUCAGAAUAGAGAACGUUUUAGAUAUAAACACUAUAAGCAAGGAAGAAGUAGCAGCCAGGUUAUAUGAAUGAUGUGCUUUAUGCAUUAUAAUGUUUUAUUGCUGUCAGAGAGGAAAUGCUUUAGGGAUGUUUACAGGUUAUUCACUAGAUGUUGAGCUGCUCUGUUUAAAGCCUCUAAAUGUGUGGAAGGAGCUGCAGAACUGCAAUUUCUUGUAUUAUAACCAAAUGAACUGAAAGAACAUAUUAUUUGUUUACUCAAGGGAACAGGCUUGGCUGGUUGCAGCAUUUUUUCCAUCUGUAUUUAGAUCACUUUCUUCCAGCGAGGAGUUAUGUGGCGAGCUCCUCCGCUGUGCCAGAUAAUCUUUAGUCAGUCGUAUAUUUGCAUUUUUUGGGGUAAAGAUCAGCCCCUCGCAGACAGACAUCACAGACCUCUCUCUCUUUCCAUUACAUUAUGCAUGUAGAGAAGAUUAAGUCAUUUAAUAAAAGUUUGAUUAUCUCUCUCCUCA